GCUGCCCCGUGUGCGUAGCUGGGUGGCCACCGGGCCAGGACAACCUCCACCUUGUCGCCGGACCACGUCAGUACUGGAGCAGUGGUGGCUGGGACGUCCCUCCCGGGACUCAGCGAUGCCGGCACUGCACCAUGAGAUGCGGCGGGGCUGGUGAGCGGGGCGCACGGCGGGGGGCAGCCCCAUGGGGCUUCAUCUGCCUGAGGGGCCAGGCCAGCAUGGAGCCAGCCAGUGCCCUUCCCAACACCUCCGGUAACGACAGCGGUGCUGGCAGCGCCCCACACUCGCCUGCAGCCACGGGGCUCAUCUUGCUGGCUGCGCUGGCUGUCCUGUUGGCCACACUGGUGGGCAAUGCGCUGGUGGUGGCGGCCAUCUCUACUAGCCGGGCUCUGCGGGCUCCGCAGAACCUCUUCCUGGUGUCCCUGGCCUCAGCAGACAUCCUGGUGGCCAUCCUCGUCCUUCCCUUCUCACUGGCCAACGAGGUGAUGGGCUACUGGUAUUUUGGUGGCCUGUGGUGCAGCCUGUACCUAGCGCUGGACGUGCUGCUCUGCACAGCCUCCAUCGGGCACCUCUGCGCCAUCAGCCUCGACCGCUACUGGGCUGUCACACGGGCGGCCCGGCUCAACCUGCGCCGCAGCCCCAGGCGGGUGAAGGGGAUGAUCGGGGCAGUCUGGGCAGCGGCAGCACUGGUGGCACUGCCACCACUCCUGUGGGCCCAGCCAGGGGGGCGGGAGUGCCAGCUGAGCCAGGAGACCUGGUAUGUGCUGGCCUCCUGUGCCGCCUCCUUCUUCGCCCCUUGCCUCGUCAUGGUCACCGUCUACUGCCGCAUCUACCACCUGACUGCCCGGCGGACGGCAACCCUCCUCGCUGCCCGCGCCCCGCGCCCCACUGGCACCAGCAAGAAGGGGCCGGGGGUCGGGAUGUUGGGCUGGCGGCACCGGAGCCAGCACCAGAGCGUGUCACUGUGCCGUCAGCGGCUGGUGCGGGCACGGGAGCGGCGCUUCACCGUCGUGCUGGCUGUGGUGAUGGGGGCCUUUGUGCUGUGCUGGUUCCCCUUCUUCUUCACCUACAGCCUGGGGGCGGUCUGUGGGGAAGGGUGCCGUGUCUCCAAGCCACUCUUCAGCUUCUUCUUCUGGAUCGGCUACUGCAACAGCAGCCUCAACCCCCUCAUCUACACCCUCUUCAACCGGGACUUCCGCGCCGCCUUCCGCCGGCUCCUCGCCAUCCCCCGCCGGCACCGCACCUAG